AUGUUGCACGAGCGUGGGCACGGGGCCAGCCCUUUGCCGCGAGCAUCGCAGCCAUCAGGAACAUUUUCGCCGUCGCGCGAUGUGGCCGCUGCUCAUCACCGCGCUUGCCUGACAACCAGCGGCCUCUUCGCGGGCAGAAGAGCCACAGAGACCCCCGUGUGCCCACCCGCACUGAACACGAAACCUGCACCGACGACUCGGCUGUGCAAUACCGCUGAUUGUCCGUCCAUCAAGUGCCCGCCGCUGUGGACGAUACUGCCGGAUGUCGGCGGAGCUGCGAGUGCAUUCUUGUCUUGCGUGCACAACACCAGUGCCCUCAUUACAGCCACUACCGCUACGUCGCAAUAUCCGUCGACGUGGCAGGCGCUGCUGGAGGAGACGCAGGCGACUACAGCGUACUCGGCCAGUGUGCAGCAAGCCAAGGAACUCCUCAGCGACUUUGAGCGCUACCAGUGCAGCGUCGGUGUCCCACCCCUCACCCACGACCAGCGGUGUGCGGCAUGUCCACUGGACAGCUUUGAAAGCGGCGGCGGUGCUGCUGGCACUACGAGCCGGCCUCACCUAGAUGUGAGUGCCCUGGGGUCGUGUGGCGCCCCUUCAGCGGCCAUCUCGAUUGGGGCGUGUGGCAGCGUAGGCAAUGUCGCCACUGGGCACGCUGCGCAGCCGCUCCAGGCACCGCCAUCGUCAUCGUCGUAUUUCAAUUUUCAACUUGACCCCGCCGCCUUCGAGCUCGCGAGGCAGCGUUCGCUGGAGAUGCUCUACUGUAAUGCUGAAGCACGCACCGCGUACGCAGCACAGGGGCUGCAGCUCGCACGAGCGGUGUGCACAGAGCUGUUGAGGCAGCCGAGAGUGGCGAUCGACGACGUGGUCGCCAUGGAGGGCCCAUCAAUCCACCCUACGAAUACCGCAGAGACACAGAGUGAUAGAGAGGUGUUUUCAUCUGCGGCACAGGCUGGCGAUGAGCUGCGGACCUCGUAUACCUCCGCGUCGCCGUUAGUGGCUAAUGACACCGAGCCGAAGAGAAAGCAGUCGCUUGUUGCUGCGGUUCCGGUGAUGAGUGAAGUGGAGCGGGUGGCUGCCACGGCAGAGGCGGAGCGUGCCUUGUCCCUUCUCUACACCAUCCGCGCCGUACGGCGGCAGACGGAGGAUCUGACCAUGCGGCUGCUGCAUGCGUUCGGUGAGUGGGGUUGCUGGUCGACGCCUACUGCCAAUUUCGGCCCCGCCUCGGAUCAGAUGCGCGCGUCGUCGCCUUCUUCACCGCUGCCAGAGUGCCCACAACGCAGGCAGUGCUUGUUUGCUGACCUGUUCAUGCCGGAAUCCCUGACAUCGACCACAUUUCGCACGCCGCCGUCUGAGUCGCUGCCGGGAGUCAGCGACGGCUCCUCCAAAGCACACCUGCUAGCUCUCGGCGAGGCGGAUUAUACUGACACGGCGCGGCUCAGCGCUGUGGGCGCCUUCGCCAAGGAGUCCGUCUGCCGUCGCGAGAGGGCGUGCCGAGUGCUGCGGGAAGCGCUACAGCAGCAACAGCAGCGGUGGUCGCUGUCCACUACUGCAACUUCCGCUGACACCACUACAGCCCCUGCUGCUGGUGCCACUUUCUUAGAGAUGGCUGUGGCGCCGCCGCAGCGUGCGGUGCCGCCACCACCGCCGACGUCUGUGCAGCUCGAGGUUUAUGCUCUGCAACAGGGGGCUCUUCGAGGCUCUACUUGCCAGUGGCGUGAAAGGGCUGCAGCGAUGACUACAACGAGUGUUCUGAAGGCCGCUGACGCGUCACCGGUAAAAGAGGCAGCGGCACCGUGCGGCCCCGCGCAGCAGGAGUUGUACAAUCGGCCUACCCAGCGACGGCAGCUCCAGGACAGCUAUGAUGUGCCCCAUGCAGCUGCAGUGCAGUGUCACCACAUGAGCACCCACUCGCCCACUGGCAAGCAGCUAGAGGUGCAGCCUCGCGAGACGACCGCCACAUUCAUUGAGGAUGUUGCCGCCAGGGCAGUGACCCAUACGGCACGCGGCACGUCCGAGGUGGUGUCUGAUGCAUCUCCGGAGGUUGGGGCGCCGGCGCCGCCAUCGUUGUUGUCUCCACCCGCAGCUGUGCCUGACAUGCUGUCCCGCGUGCCUUCCUCCCUCGCACAACAGCACUCUUCUACUGUUCCCAGCCGUAGCUCACAUGCCUCACCACCCUCUGAAGCACCAUUGAUUUCAUCUGUGCAGCUGGCCGAAGAAUGCACGCGAGCGUGGGUGAACCUGCCGACAGCCUUGAAGGCGUCGGCGUCCUCGUCGCCGUCGCCACUGCGGCGAGCUGAUUUCCUUCGCGCUGCAGUUACCUCACCAAUAGACACCGAAAUAUCAGAGAGGGGUGCAGGAGUCCCGGCACAGCAAGCGGAGCAGCCGGCGGUGGAAGACGCGAGCUCACGUUGCACGAAGGGCAAGCCGGAGCUCGCGGUGCGCAUCGAGGUGCAGGCCACUAAUGGGAACACGGAUGGUAGUCAUGCUGCCGCUUGUGCAUCUUCAGCCAACCCGACGCAGGUGACUGAUGUACUGCGCACAUCCUUGUCUUCAUCUUCGUUGACAGACUUCCCUCCUUCCGCCGCUCUGGGUGCGCACGACGUCGUUGGUGCGAUGCCGAAGGUAUACGAGGCAUCGCGCUCACUACACACGGCUGCCAGGCUCUCCACGCAUCCCGAGACAGUGGCAGGGCCGAGGCGGGAAGGCCAGCAUCGGAAGGGGCGCAGAAGGCGAAGAGGUGAUCGAAGAGGCAGCACCGCCGUUGCCGAGCUAGAAGACCCUGUGCGACGCCAUCUCACGCGCUUGACCUCUCAACAUCAGAAGCGUGAGGAGUGCGACGUAGCAACACCGUUGUCUACAGAACUCACCGCACAGGACCUCAGGGCCGCCGCUGCUGCUGCGCGGCUGCAUGCGACAAGCUCGGGCUCUGCCAUCAGCAAUGCUGCCACUGCGCCACCUCCGGCAGUGGUGCGACACGGGGCGCAUGUGCUCGCAGGCUUUGUAGCGCCUUCAUCUUGCAGCGUGGUGAGGGCGGUCUCGACUGCCGCUGCAGUGGCUAAUGCGGACCAACCAGACGGAGGCGAAGAGCCGCGAGCAUCACAGCAGCCGCACCAGCCGCCUUCGCCGACCAUCAUUUCUACUGCACCGUUCCAUCUUCCCUUCGCAUCGUUCUUUCCCGCACCACAGGCGGCGAUCUUUGCACUGUGGCCGCCUCCGCACUCCGUCCUCGCUGACGCUGUCCCCUUUCAUUCGUCAAUGUCAUCGAUGAAGUUGCCUGAGGGUGGCUCGGAAAGGGUCGGCAAUGCGAGUAUUGCGACUCCGAGCCUGGCGGCCCUUGCGCCUGUAUCAACUGCUCAUCCUGGUUUGACACCGACGAGCGGACCCCCGCUGUCGUCAGUACACAAGCCCAAACUUGCGGAUGGUGACGGCCCUGCCGGAGUGACAAAGCUGCCGCAGCGGCAGCGGCACCGUAAUUUCUUCAGUCGUCUCUUCAGCUGCGGUGGAUGA